AUUACGAGCCCGUCCGGAGCCUCAUCCCCGAGGAGAAGCUCUACAAAGUUUACACCUUCAACUCCGUCAGGAAGUCCAUGAGCACGGUGAUUAAAAUGCCUGACGGCAGCUUCCGCAUGUACAGCAAAGGAGCCUCCGAGAUUGUUCUCAAGAAGUGUUCCAGGAUCCUCAACGCAGCUGGGGAGCCUCGGAUCUUCAGGCCCCGCGACAGGGACGAGAUGGUGAAGAAAGUGAUUGAGCCCAUGGCCUGUGAUGGGCUGAGAACCAUCUGCGUGGCUUUCAGAGACUUCCCCAGCAGCCCUGAGCCUGACUGGGACAAUGAGAAUGACAUCUUAUCCGACCUGACCUGCAUCUGUGUCGUUGGCAUUGAAGACCCAGUAAGGCCAGAG